AUGGAGUGCGCCAGGCAUCCAAGAGGAAGGAACUACCUGUUGUCUGCAAUUCGCAUUUGGCUCGGAUUAACAGUGGCAGCAACAACAGGAGGACGUCAUAAACACCAAACGUCAAAACACAGCGGAGAAGAAGAACGAUGCAUCGGAGGACUUCAAAGCAAAGGCAAUGUGUUGCAGGAGCACACAAUACAUCAUUCAGCCCCCGAGGUGCUGAAUCCAGAGCAGCCAAGUACCCAGGAGUGCGCCAGGCAUCUGGAGGAUGAGCAUCACCUGUUGAAUCGUGGUUCGCAUAGGGCUCGGAUCGAUCGUGGCAGCGACCAGCAGGAGGAAGUCGAGAGACGACCGAAAACGAUGCUAGGAAGCGUAUUGGUUACGCAACCCAAGCAUUAUCGAUUCUUCAAUAGGAUACCCGCAGAAGAAUCGACUCGAAGUAUGUACACAGGACGUGAUCAUACAAACCAAAUUGGAGUGGAGAGGUUCCAGACUCAAACUAUCGAGAGGAGGAACGAGGAUAAAGCAAAUGAGAAUCGUCCAAGGCUCGAGAACAGCAUCGCGACCCCAGAUGUGACCUCAGAAGCUUCAACCCAACACAACAAAGAUGCAAGGAGUCAUAGGCAUAUGAAGCCAAAGCAUCAACGACUCUUCAACCGGACAUCCCGCAGAAGAGACACCUCAAAGUAUGGACAUCUACUGUGGACAUACAAGCCAAACACAAAAACAUCAAGUGCAAUCGACAAUAUGCCGAAUAGUUCAAGACCAACGAAGUAUAGAAGCAGUCGGAUGAUGACCUACCUGUUGUUUCUGAGAACCGAUGAAAGGUUAGCAGAAAGAACACUAAGUUACCCAAAGCAGCAACUUCGUUCCAACGAUUCUGGAGUCGAUGAUGCCGAACAAGUCUUCAACAAGCCCACAUGA